AUGCUCGAGUUUACCGUGCCCGUGGUCGCCGACCGCAACAUGGUCCGCGAAGCCAUCAAAGGUAAGUAUAACUACCCUCAAUGGUCGAUUCAAUUGUCUACUAACUUCAACUUAGGCGUGAUUCUGACGAUCUUUUUCCACCGGCUACUUGGCCCCAUAACGCCUACUCCUGCCAGCUUCCUCGGCAUCAGCUACCCCACGGCUGACCUCCCCCUGCUUGACGACGACAUCGACAACAAAAUCAGCCAGUUGCUCGACAAAUUGGACGUCGACAGCCACCACCGGGCCACGGCGGAGAUCCACUUCCAGACGAGGGAAAAGAAGCCCCGCGGCUGGUUUAAACUGGACGCCGACGAGGUAAAGCUGUGGGAGGUGUGGACGGUCGAUGUCACCUGUACUCCCGGAGUGGCCGGGGUGGCUAAUACUGAUGCCAUCCGCACCUCAUUUGAAGAGGCAGUGGUGCUGGUGGUGACGACGUGCGACGCCCAUAAGGACCACAUCCCCGCCCUUAGCACCAUGGACCCGCUGCCGUUUCCCUAUGCGAUUGUCGUGUGA